AUGUCCGAUGUUGAAAAUAUAGAAUUAAGUAAUCGAUACCAACGUCAACCAACUCAACAGUCAUUUAUAAAUGAUACAAAUUCAACAGCUUUAUCAAGUGCUAUAUCAGUUGAACCAUUAGAAGGUGGUGAAAAUCCCGAGGAUUAUCCAGAUGGUGGUCUCAUGGCUUAUUCAGUCAUAUUGGGUUCAUUCUUAGGUCUUGUUGUUAAUUUAGGCAUUAUUAAUUCUGUUGGUGCUAUUCAAACUUAUGUUUCUAAUCAUCAAUUGUCACAUUUGAAGCAAAGCUCAAUUUCAUGGAUUUUCUCCAUUUAUUUAUCAUUAAGUUAUGCUGGUGGUUUAAUAGUUGGUCCAAUUUUUGAUAAAAAAGGUCCAUUAAUGAUUUUGAUAACAUCUACUGGGUUUAUAUUUAUGGGUUUAAUGGCAAUUGCAAAUAGUGUUGAAAUAUGGCAAUUUAUUUUAAGUUUUAUCGCAUUAGGAAUUGGUAAUGGUUUUGGAAUGACUCCUUUAAUUGGUGUUAUAUCACAUUGGUUUCUUAAAAAAAGAGGAAAUACAACUGGUAUUGCAACAAGUGGUGGUUCAGUAGGCGGUUUGAUUUUUCCAUUAAUGUUGAGAUCCUUAUAUCCAAAAGUUGGUUUUGUUUGGUCAAUUCGUAUAUUAGCAUUUAUUUGUUUAUUUUGUCAAGUAAGUUCAUUAUUAUUGGUUAAGGAAAGAAUGAUUCUGAAACAUAAUCAAGAGCAAAAUAAUGCUACUUCAGAAGAAAUUGCCGUUGAAAAGAAGAGAUUUUAUGUCAGUUGGGAUAUGUUUAAAAUUAAAGAUUAUAAAUUUUUCUUUUUAGCACUAGGAGGAUUUUGUGCUGAAUUAUCAUUAAUUUUAUUAGUCACUUAUUAUGCUUCAUACGCUAUUGCACAUGGUACGACUGAAUCAACGUCAUAUUUAUUAUUAACAUUAUGGAAUGGGACUGGAAUCGCGGGUAGAUGGGUCCCAGCUUAUGUUUCAGAUUAUUAUGGUAGAUUUAAUGUCAAUAUCAUUAUGUUAUUAAGUUAUUGUUUGAGUAUUUUUGUUUUACUUUAUCCAUUUGCUUCAAAUCAAAAGAUAUUAUGGGCUUUUGCAGGUAUUGGUGGCUUUUGUUCAGGUUCCAUUCUAAGUUUAUUACCUGCAUGUUUAUCGCAAAUCACACCUGUAAAACAAAUUGGUACAAAAUAUGGAAUACUUAAUUUUAUAUUAUCUACUGCUAAUUUAUUUGGUAUACCAAUUGCAGCUGCAAUAAUUGAUGAUGGAUCAUCAAAACAAUAUAACAACUUUAUGGUUUUAGUUGGUUGUUUAUCAAUUGGUGGUGUUUUAUUCUGGGCAAUUAGUAGAUGUAUUGUUUUAAAAUCAUUUAAAUUAUUGGUAAAGGUAUAA